AUUUCUAUAAGAAUCAACAAGAAUUACAUUUAAAGAAUAUGUAAAUUAAUUCUGUAUUAUAAUUUUCAUAUUCAUUAAUUAAAUGCAGAAUAAUACGCAAGCUCAAAUAGUAACAACAUCACAGAAUGCUCGCCUUUUAGAACUAGUUCAGAAUAGCAGAAAGCUGGUUCAUGAGGGAUAGAUCUAAAUUUGUUAUAUGCCAGAUGCUCGGAUUUACUUUGUAAUGAUCAACACCUAUUGUCAAACAAUCUUUCCUAGCACUCCUUGGGUUAUUCUUAAGUCUGACAAAGGAUUUUCUCUUCUAUAUCCCAAUGCCACUGCUGGUAAGGAUUCCCAUGAAUUUUAGGAUUGAAUGGAAUUUUCAUUUAGAAGGGACAAGAAGGAGACCUGUUCUUAAAUACACUGCAAUAACUGGUGCAAAUAAUACCUUUUGAAAAUGCCAUCCAAAUUCCAUAAUUCAAAUAAAGCAUCCAAAUUCAUUGCAAAGAUAUCGAUAUCAACCCAUUAGAGAAUAGUACUACAGCAGUGGGUUAUAUUAAGGCUGGAGGAGAGUAAGUAUUGUACUGAUUUCUUAUUAAGAGCGUUGAAAGAAGGCUUUAAUUGGUUGGGAGAUAAGAUAGCCAAAGGAGUGGCAGCAGGAGGAGAAUAUAUCAAUUCAAAAGUGGAGAAAAAAGAAGAUGUGGAAGUGAAGCCAGAAACAAAGAUAAAAGUGGAAAAUGCUAAGUCUAAGUUUUCAUAGACAGUAGAUGUAACUGGGGCCUACCUAAAAUAACUAUUCACUCCCGUUGUGUAAAAAGGGUCAGAAUUCAAGUAAGAUAUUAACAAAUAGAUUGAUAAUUCGGAUAGUUAAGGUAAGGAAAGUUCAUAACUUAAUUAAAGGGUUGAAAGAAGGCAGAGAAAUAUUUGUGGCUAGUUGGGAUGCGAUGGGGACAGCAUUGACUGGUCUGGGAUCAGCACUAUCGAAGAUUGGCGAUUAGAUAGGAACAAACACUAGAGUGAUAGUUGAGAAGAAGUAUGGAUAGGAUGUCUCGGAAACAUAUUUAGGUCCAAAACCAUAGUAGUAAUAAUAAGAAUAAUAAUAAUAAUAAUAAUAAUAAUGA